AUGGCCGAUACUCAAGGUUCAGAGUUCCCUUCUAAUGAUCAGGUCUCCUCUGAGGUUCCUGCAUCUCCAGCACUCAAAGUGGAGGAUGAUGCUCCCUCGAAGGAGUCUCGCCCUCGUGAUGAGGACGAAGAUGGAUCCGUCUCCCCUCGAGCCUCGAAGAAGCGACGUAUCGAAUCGGAGUCGGAGACAUUACUACUUCCACCCUCGACCUCUGAAUUCACAGACCAAGUCCCAGGACACGAAAUCGAAGAAGAAUUAUCAUCCGCUCUAGGUGCUGGCAUCAUGGACACUGUGGAACGACAGCAUGACGGACAGAUCCAGAUUGUCGACUCCGCGAGGAAUCCUGGAGCACCGGAAGCUAAUUCGGAUCUCGAUGACAUGGCCUCUGUCAUUUCGAGUAUCAUGAAUCACGCAGAGAGAGUCGAGGAGCAAUGCGCUAUCGGCCACCAGCAGCUGACUGCUCCUACCACCACUACAACUACACCGGACCAAGCCGCGCAAAAGGGAUUGGUCUAUGUCAAGGCGAACUCUCACUUAAAAGUUCAAAGUCUGCCUAUUCUUGACAAUCUGUCUACCCAGAUUCUCUCUCUCCUGGCAAAGUCGACGUACCAGGAUAUCACCUCGUUUGUCUCCGAGCCGGAAUCUGAGAAUGGACAGGCGUAUGCGACCAUGAGAUCCUUAUUUGACCACACAAAGAAAGUCUAUUCUUCCAAACAGUCUUUUCUUUCUCCGACAGAACUCAAUCUCACGGAACCUGCGCAAGUCGACAUUAUCCGAAAGGCUAACCUAGCCUCAUUCGUAUCAAGCAUUUUCGGCACACAAGAGAUUGGGUUUGCUGAAUUGAACGACCACUUUCUAGAUGUUUUCGUUCCUGAAGGGGGUCGUUUGUUGAAGGUACAAGGUGCUUUGUUCCUCGAGCUCAAGACACAAGCGUUUAUCGCCUCGAUGAACAAUACGGAGAGAACAAGGACAGAGCUGCUGUAUGACCUCUUUCCAGAUGAUCUGGAGCAACGAUUACUUGACAGACGGCCGGGGACCCGCCAACUCGCGCCGAGCGAGGCUGAUUUUGUCAAACGCGCUGGCUCGCGCCGGGACAUUCUUUUGAAUGAGGUCAACAACGAGGAAGCGAUGAAAGCCCUGCCGGAUAAGUAUCACUGGGAAGACUUUCUUCGUGAUCUAAGUUCCUACAUCACGAAGAAUUUCGAUGCCAUCUGCCAUCAACAGACUAAGAAAAUCAACAAGGGACGACAGCCAUCUUCGUCAAGUGGAGACUCACAGGAUCCGCCCAAUGCGCCUCUUCAAGGUCAAUUCCCUGUUGCUACACAGGCCCCCGAAGUCCCUGUGGACAAGAACAUGCACGGUGAUCUGGUAGCUCGUGCUGCUCGUGCUGCGCAAAUUGCGUUACAGGGUCAUGGCUUAAGGCGCUCUCAGCAACAGUCUCAGCAGCAGCAGCAGCAACAACAACAGCACCAACAACCACAACACCAACAGCCACAGCCACAGCCACAGCAUCCGCAACAUCAGCAGCAGCAGCAGCAUCAACAUCAGCAUCAGCAAGUCGCCCAGCAACCAGGACAGCCGCAGCCACAGCAUCAGAAUUCUGUUCAACAACCCCAGCAACAUAUGCAGCAGCAGCAAAUGCCGCAACAGGGGUCUCAACACGGGCAAGCGCCGCCUGGCUACACCGCUGCGCAACCUACAGGACAUAUGCCACCUCAACAGAACCUACAUCAACAGCAUUAUCAGCAUAGUCCUGCACCUCCAGGAUAUCAACAACAACCGGGGCAACAGCUCACGUUCCAGCAGAGUCCUUUACAAGCAAAUUUCCAGCAGUACAACCCUGCCGCGCCCCUCUUGCAGGGAAGACCCAACGGUCAAUCGGCCAAUCAUGGUUACAUGCCCGGGAUCCCUCACUACUCGCAAUCUCAACCCACCCAGGUACUAUAUGAGCGCGCUCGUAUGGCAGCCUCUGCAAAAUCGUCUCCGAGCAGUCGCAAGUCCGGCCUGCCGAGUCAACGUCGACCCUGGACAACUGAAGAAGAGAAUGCUUUGAUGGCUGGGCUGGACCGCGUCAAAGGUCCCCAUUGGAGCCAGAUUCUUGCAAUGUUUGGUCCUGGAGGUACCAUUAGCGAGGCCUUGAAGGACCGCAAUCAAGUGCAGCUCAAAGACAAGGCCCGCAACCUGAAACUGUUCUUCCUCAAAAGUGGGAUAGAAGUUCCUUAUUACCUCAAAUUCGUCACCGGAGAGCUCAAAACACGUGCGCCUGCCCAGGCUGCCAAACGUGAGGCGCGCGAGCGACAGAAGAAACAAGGGGAAGAGGAUAAAGCUCAUGUGGAAGGAAUCAAAGGGAUGAUGGCCUUGGCUGGGGCUCAUUCGCAGCCAGUUGCUCUCGGGCAUGGGCACGAUGCCAUGUCUGCAUCACCGGGCCUCCCUCCCGAUGCUGGGGGUCAUUCCACGUUUGAUCAAACCGCAGAACAAAACCUGAUGCAGACAUUGGGUCAAGAAGUUCAUGGUGCUCAGUUCGGACAGCCCCAACAUCAGCAAAGCAAUGUUGAUCCCAGCAUGCAUCUGGGACAGUAG